CACAAUCUAUCAACUAUCGUACCUUUCUCAGAUUGAAAUGGCUCAUAUUGAUAAUUAUAACUUCCCUUACUUUCCUCUUCCUCCACCACAUAAUCCUCUGCCUCCCCCAUAUGUUUCUCCAUCCCCUCCGAAAGUGCCCCCUUCUCAAAAGCCCCCACCAUCUCCAAAAGUGGCUCCACCUCAUAAUCCUGUUAUGCCCCCACCAUUCCCAAAGCCAGGAACUCCGCCCAACCAUCCAUUUCAUCCACCUCCAUCUCCAACAGUGGCACCACCACAUAAUACUCCCCCCUCCCCUCCAAGAGUAGCUCCACCACAUAAUCCCAUUAUGCCGCCACCAUCUCCAACAGUGGUACCGCCUCAUAAUACUCCCUCCUCUCCACAAGUAGCUCCACCACAUCGUCCAAUUGCGCCACCACCACCAUUCCCAGUACCUGGAACACCACCCAAUCAUCCCCCAGCCCCUGCAGCAAAACCACCCAGUCACCCAAACUUCCCCCCACCACCACCCCAUCCUAUUUCUCCCCCAUCACCUCAUCUUGUUCCACCCUCACCCCCAACACCAGGACAUCAUUCAACUGUCAUAGUGAUUGUAUUUGUCUCGCUUGGUGGUCUGUUCUUUCUUGCAUUUCUCUCUGUUGCUCUCUGCUGCUUCGUUAAGAAGAGAAAGGAAAAAAUAGUUCAGAAAACUGAACUCAUAGAUUUUGAUGAACACACGAAAGUUCAGGAGGCCAUUGUACCAGGACCACAUGGUGAGAAAACCAAGAUACUAACCAUUGAAGAGGAUGUACACUUUGACGAGGUGAUUAAGAAAAAUGAAAAAGUGCGUCAAGGUUCACACACAAAAUCGUCACACCAACAUCCUCAGGUUUAUGAUUUGGCAGCCUCCUCUUCCACCUCCAAUCAGAAAUAUCUUGAGCACAAACUCUGAUUACAAAGCAAAUAAUGAAAUAAGUUGCAGCGUAAUCAUAUAUUUUUUAAUCCAAUGUCCUUAAUAAGAUGGUACUUGAAAAUUCUCUCUAUUCUUUCGGAAGGUUGUCAAAAAUGUUUUGAUGCAAUAAUAAGUAAAGCUUGUGAUAUGCUGAUUUUAAUUGAAA